GCAUCUCCAAACUAUCCCGAUCCCUCCGUUUUGUACGGCCUUCCAAAAAUCUCAGCCCGUCUCUCUCUCUCUCUCUCUCUCUGUCGCUCGCAAGGAAGAGGAGAGGGGGGAAGAAAACCUCGCGGGGGCGAGAGGGACCGGAGGAGGCGAAGGAUCUCGGCCGGAGGAGGUGGCUCCCGCCGUGGCCGUCCGAGAUGGAAUACAUAUCCCCUGAGAGAAAUCUGGAGGGAACUUGUGGAGAUCCUGGGCCGCUAUUUUCAGAACAAGAUGGUAGCCUGUUGGACCACUUGGAUUCUCAGGGAGGAGUUCCACAACAUGGAUCUUCAGCACUGGAUGAAGGACUUUUAGUUGAUCCAGCCGAUACAAUUCCAUAUUUGUCUGCAGAUUCUCUACCAUUCAUGAACGAUCAAAUCACGUGCAACACUAUGAAAUCUGCUUCAACUAGUCCACAAUCUUCGCUGAAGCAAGCUCAAGAACCUCUUAAUAUAGAACCUGGUAUUCAGAAUGAUGCAGCCAAACAGAAUGUUCACAGUAGUAACAGUGAAUCACAGGGCACUUCUGUGGAUUGUGAUGUACAUCAGAACACAGAAGUGAUUGAUGCAGUGCUGCCUCCAGAGCUUCCUGAAAGCAGCGGUAAUGAGAAAUCAAACUUUCAACCAGAAACUGCACAUUCUGAUGCCUAUCAUGGUGACUCUUUGUUAAAUGAAAAUAAUAGUAGAGAUUGCCAACUUAACAUUAGUGGUGCUGAUGAUAACGAAAUUCCAAACUCUCCAGUGCUUCAGAUGGAAAAUGAGGACAUUGAAAAGUUACACGAGACUUCUCACAAUGAAAAGAAUGGGUCAGAGGAUGAUCGAAUGAAUGGUAGGAAAUCUAGCCCCAUUGAUGGUUGGGACAAGGAGAACUUCAAUGCUUCAGCUGCACCUUCCUCUUGGGAACAGGCAGAGCAAGAAAAUCGUGGUACAAGAAAUGAAAGUUCAACUCCAGACAAUCGAUUUGAUUCUCCUGAAAGGUUUGCAAGACUGGAAAGGGACACACCAUCUCCAGACAGGAGGGUAUCUCCUGAAAGGUUUGCAAGACUGGAAAGGGACACGCCAUCUCCAGAUGGGAGGGUAUCACCUCCAGUUGAAAGUCCGCAUGCCCAUCAUUCUGAGAAGAUGGAGUCAGAACGUCCUGCCAAAGAUGUUUAUGAUUUAACUCGUUCUGAAAGCCCACCAGCAAGACAUCGGCCCCGGUCUCCUGAAAAGCGUGAUACCAACCGCAAAAGAGCUUCUUCAAGGGAAUCUCCGCAUGCACGACAGAAAUCUCCUGUAGAAAGGAAAAGACGAAGAGAGUCUCGACAUGGUGAUGGGUCACCUCUACGAAGAUCUGCUUCUCCCCAAAGAAGAUCUACACCCCCUCGAAGAAGAUCGUCAUCCCCUCGAAGAUCCUCACGCAAGAGGAGGGACUCACCAAGGAGGAGAGAUUCACCUAGGAAGAGGGACUCACCGAGGAGGAGGGAUUCACUGAGGAAGAGAGACUCGCCAAGGAGGAGAGACUCCCCACGGAGGAGGGACUCCCCACGGAGGAGGGACUCCCCAAUGCGGAGGGAUAGGUCAAAAUCAAGGUCACCUUCAAGGAAAACUGAUGCCUCCAGACAUAGAAGGGAACGUGAUAGAUCCCGGUCAAGGUCUCCCCACUCUAGGGAUCACCACAGACGAUCUCCAAGAAGGCAUUCACCAAGGCGCAGAUCAUCCCCAUCAAGUCAUCGCCAUCAUUCUCCAAGAAGACAUUGGUCACCGCCUGCCAACAGGAAGACUGGUUUGGGUAAGCCUGGACGGAAUCUCUUUGUUGCAGGUUUUAGCUAUGCCACCACCGAGGAAGAUUUGGAGAAGAAAUUUUCUAAGUUUGGACGUGUUACAAGUGCGCGUGUUGUUCGGGAUAAACGAUCUGGAGAUUCUCGAGGCUUUGGAUUCUUAUCCUUGGAGAAGGAUGAGGAUGCUGAUGCAGCAAUUCGUGCUUGUGACGAGACAGAGUGGAAUGGAAGGAUCAUUCUUGUGGAGAAGUCAAAGGCGCCUACAUGGUGAAUCUUCAACAUUGGAGCUCCGCACACCAUUGUCAAGAGGGAACUCGUUGCUUCAUUUUGCACAGAUUUACCGUUCAAAAAUUAUCCUAUUAUCGGUAUGACAUACUCGGUACAUGUGGGAAAUUCACCCAAACCCAGCUCUUGAUGCAGUACUAGGAUUAAGAGUAAUAAUGCACUUCCUUUGGCUACCUUGCUGACAGUUAUAAAGAAUAAGAUGUAACGUCACACCUUAGCUUGUUUCAGGGCCCUGCUGCUGAUAAGCGAGAUUUAAUGGUACCUUUUAGUGCCUGCAACCUCUACACAUGCACUAUGAUACUGUUGCCUGAUGUCCAUGAACUAUCAGUACUCUUCUUCACCUUCAUCACUGGUAGACAUGGAUGAACAAGUGGUUCUCUGACGGCCCAAAGGGAUACAGGAAAAAAUUCAAGCUCGUGAGGCUGUUGCUAUUAAACAAUUAAGUUAGUAGUUUAAUCAUUUAUAUAUAGGUUUUAUAUGUUUGCAUCCUCUUAGUGAGGGGUUUGACGUAGAGUCCAGUAUUUUGUGUUUUGAAUUCAAGAUGCUUUAUGUUGAAUAUGGUGCUACAUUAAUACCCCUAUGUUGCAUUUUCUUUUAAUGUUGACAUGGUUUUCUGCCUGUA